AUGAAGCUGGAAGAUAAGACCCUACAUACCCCGACGGUGCCCCUCUCGAGGACUUCUCCUCUCAAGAGUCUGAGCCAUGCCAACGCGGUGCUCCAUGACACCAUCCAGACCAAGGAGAUGCUAACCUUUGUCUUCAAGUACAUGCACACAGGUCUAGUGCAACACAUGGCCCAGCAUUCUGGAGGGUCUCAGUCUCACAGUAUUAUGCUGUUCAUGUUCCAGCGCUUGCGAGGCCUGGCUUCCAUCCACCGACAACACAUUCUUCACCAUGACCCAAAACCCCAGAACUUGCUCAUCGGUUGCCUUCACGAGCUCAAAUUAGCCGACUUUGGUGACCUUGCUCAUGCCAAGCCCAUCCCCAGUCAAACAUACUCCUCUGAAAUGGGAACRCUCUGGUACCACCCUCAUGAUGCGCUGCGUGGCACUACCAAAUAUCCAUCUGACCUGGAUAUCUGGAGUGCAGGCUGCCUAUUUGUGGAAAUGAUCCAGGGCCAGCCAAAAUUUGCAGGAACUUCUGGUGCUCUCGAACAACUGGAGAACAUCUGGGAGGUCCUGGGGGUCCCAACCGAGGACACCUGGCCAGGACUUGACGAGCUCCCCAACUAUAAGCCAGAGCUGGUUGUGUCCAGGAGAGCUCCGAGGCUCCGAGUGCCACGUGGCAGGUGA